AUGGAAUCGCGCCUCCUCUUACUCCCUCGCCACCUCUCCUUCUCCUCCGUCGCCCCAUCCAGCGCCUCUGUCGUCGCCAGCGAGAUCUCUGCGCUCCUCACCGCCCGGAAUUUCCUGGCUUAUGUUAACCGUGCGGAGCAGUUCAUAAGCUCCCAGGCCGUCACACCCUCGGGCAUCCCUGAGCUCUACCGCGCGGUGGCCGCCGCAGCCCCAAGUGGGAAGGCCCGUUACUUCAUCGCCGUGGCCUCCGCGCUAGUCGAGGGAUCCGCGCGCGCGGACCUCCCCGACGGCGCGCUGCGGCUGCUCGAGCUCCUCAUCGACACGCCUGCGGCGCGGCUGCCGAUGGGAUCCUCCUGCGGCCACCUCAUGGUGAAGCUCCUCUCCCUCGGACGCCACGCGGAUGCGCGCCGCGUGUUCGAGAUCCUCGCGGCUGCCGGCGAGCGCCAGCACAAAAAGGCGAUCGAUUUUCUUUGGGCAGCCGGUAGGGGGGCCGACGCCUUCAAGGUGUUCGGCGAAAUGGCGGAUAUGCCCGUGGCUCCAAAUCGUAAAAGGUACAUUUGCAUGAUGUAUGAUUACUUGAAGAAGGGAGACCUGGAGUCCGCAUCCGAGAUACGGACCCGGAUGAUGCAGGGGGGCAUCAAGCUAUCCACUUGA